CACAGGUUUUCUGGAGUGAUGUCACAGAUUGGUCCUCCAAUCUCGAUUAAGCAGCCAACGACUUGUUGAUUCGAUGGUGAUCACCAGUUCAUUCAACAUAUUUAUUCCGACAAGUCUUGUUCAAGGAAGAUGACACGAUUGUUGAGGACCGCUCCAAGGAUUCUUCCGAUCAGACGGCCUUCCACACGAGCAUCCAGUGAUGUAGUUGUCCAACAGAUACGACGAAUUCACGAAGGGACAGAUCAGACGAUCGAGGCUCAGCCGAUGUAUGCGAACCAUGUGUCUCUGAACGGUUUCCAACGGACGUUCCUAGCGAUCGGCUCUGCGCUUGCGUCGCUGAACAACCCGUAUCGGGCGGACAUGAUCGCGGUGCUUUCGGAGACCACUGGGGGCCCGUUCCUGGCCCGCUUGAGGGACCAGAUGCUCGCCGACGAGGCCGGCCGGCGGCUGUUGAGGGACCGGCCAAGGAUCAACACCUCCACCGUCGACCUCAUCUCGCUCGAUCAAUUGCCCCAGGGUACCUUCGGAAAAGAGUAUUGUAAUUGGCUCCGAUGGUGUAACGUCUCGCCUGAUACCAGGGAACCCGUCCGCUUCAUCGAUUCACCCGAAUUGGCUUAUGUGAUGCAGAGGUAUCGUGAAUGUCAUGAUUUUUAUCACGUGAUAUCCGGGCCAUUCCCAGUGAACAUAUCCGGGGAGAUCGUAGUGAAAUGGGUGGAGCUAGCGAACAUGGGUCUGCCGGUAGCGGGGCUGUCGGCGAUCUUUGGGCCACUCCGACUGGCCUCGGAGAAGCGGAGGGAGCUGUUGAGGACCUAUGUGCCCUGGGCGCUGCGGAUGGGGAGCAGCUGCAAACCGUUGAUCUGCGUCGAAUGGGAAAAGCAUUGGGAGACGCCGAUCGACCAGCUUAAACGCUCCCUCGGGAUCUCCGAACCUCCCCUCGACUUCAAAACUUGGAUGGACCUUCAACGCAAACAAAAAUAGGCUACUCAUCUCUUCUUCUUCUUCUAACGUCUAGUGUAGACUCUUGUCUGAUCAUUUUACCAAAAUUAUAUCCUCGUCUUAUUUUGCUUGUUUGAAUGACUCAGAAAAUGUACCUGCUAAUUAUCAACUCAUUGAUUUGAACCAACUGAUUGUGUAAAGCUAUCUGCACACACAUGAAAGGAUGCCAAAAAGCAACUCAUUGAUUGGCAAGUUCAGUCCCUCUACAGAAUCGAC